GCAUCGGGCCCCCAGGAGGGGCGACAGGCAUCGGGCCCCCAGGAGGGGCGACAGGCAUCGGGCCCCCAGGAGGGGCGACAGGCACCGGGCCCCCCGGCGGAGCGGCGGGCGCCAGACCCCCAGGCGGAGCGACAGGUCUCGGGCCCCCAGGCGGAGCGGCGGGCGCCGGACCCCCAGGCGGAGCGACAGGUCUCGGGCCCCCAGGCGGAGCGGCAGGCGCUGGACCCCCAGGCGGAGCGACAGGUCUCGGGCCCCCAGGCGGAGCGGCGGGCACCGAGUCACCAGGCACGACAGUGGGCACCGAGUCGUCUGGCAAGACUGCGGGCACCGAGUCAACUGGCGGAACAGCGGGCAUUGAGUCAACUGGCGGAACUGCGGGCAUCGAGUCGUCUGGCAAGACUGCGGGCACCGAGUCGUCUGGCAAGACUGCGGGCACCGAGUCGUCUGGCAAGACUGCGGGCACCGAGUCAACUGGCGGAACAGCGG